UCCAGAAACUUUUUUUUAACAUUUAUUUUUACGAUGAGUAUUUUGCACGUAUGCAUGGUCAUUGUGUUCAUGCCUGGUACCCAAGGCAAUCAGAAGAGGGUGUCCAAUCUCCUAGAACUGGAGUUACAGAGAAUCAGUGCCCACACACAAGGUAUGUGGGAUGCCUAAAUUGUAUGGUGUGGGCAUCCGGGAUUCACUUUGCGUGGAGAAAGGACAGAGGUGCUCAUCCUUAGCGGGAACCAUCGAUCCUGCCCUAUGAAAACCUACUGCGUUAGUCUGGAGGGAUUAUGGCGUCUCUUUUGUCUGCAGAGGCUUGUGUACCCGCCCUGCCUCUGUCAUCCAGUCUUCUGUUUCUCCACUGAGAUUAAAGAGGCUGUCUUGACUGAAGUCUCAGAUCGCGGUUUCCCCAAAACCCGUUUGGGUCAAACAGUUGCUCAAAACUGUAGGUUAGAGGGUCUAGGUGGAGAAGGGCAGACACAGUGUCUUUAAAAAGUGGUAAAGUCCAGUGAUUUCCCUGAGGCAUAAGGCCUACAACGAGUUGUGGAACUGGAUGGAUGAUGAGCUGGGAGGCAUUGGGUGGGUGUGGCCUUGACUCCGCCCAGUCGCUCAGGGGCAAAUAAAAGCUCCACGCAGCCAUUGUGGGAUUAUGGCGUAGCGGUGUUGGGAUCCAUGCCUGUGACGGUGUGUGGCGCCAGGCUAAUCUCCCGGUUUGUUCUGAACUUGGGACUCAGCCGACAUGGAGCAGGACAAUGAGCAGCAGGCUAUGCACCAGUCUCCCAUGGAUAACGAGAUGUUGAUGCCAGUGUCGCAUAUGCCUGGGUCUUCUGGAAACAGCGGAUUUCAUCAGCCACCAGCCCCUCAAUAUUUACCAGAGUUGAUGAGGCCUUAUAUGGCCUCAGCUGAGGAAUUCAGAUGCAGUGAGGGAGGAUGGGAGCCACAGUUCAUUAGGUCACUACCUGAGAGUGGUGCGAGGUGCCCCUCCCAGCUGAUUCCUACACCUUCCCAGAAUUAUUGUCAGAGAUCGAUUGGGAGGGGAUCCCAUGUGAUGCCAGUCGGAAAUCCAGGUACUCUGGGAGUGGCCAUUUCCUUCAGUGAGAAUCUGAUGUCUCAGGGUGGCCUGUCAAGCCCAGCUUCCUGUGGAGUCUCAGUGAUGACCCACAGCAAUGCCCCAACAAUGCCUUAUUCUGUAUCCCCAACAGUACCUGCCACCACGGGCUCUUUAAAACCUGGAAUAUUUUUGGUCCCAGGCAUGCCUUCCGCUGAGACCCAUGCUGUGACCCCCUAUAUGAAUCAGAUGUUGCACUCGGUAAAUCCUGAAAUGGUCUCAGCUAGGUUCCAGCAGUUGCUACCUAUAGACUCCCAAGAUUCACUUGCGACCCAGUCAAAUGUCCAGGAAGGACCUUUCAUGUGUGAGCAGCCCACACCUGCUCCACAGGAGAGAGAGACCGCCAGUACUUCAAGAGGGGCAACCAGGAGACGGUCCCUAGUUUUAAGGCCUUACGUCUGCUCAUAUGAUGACUGUGGAAAAGCUUACACCAAGCGCUCUCACCUCGUGAGUCACCUACGCAAACACACAGGUGAGAAGCCCUACAUAUGUGACUGGAAAGGUUGUAAAUGGAGGUUCUUCCGCUCUGAUGAGCUUGGACGACAUAAACGGAUCCAUACCAGAUAUCGACCACAUAAAUGCGAUGAGUGUAACCGAGAGUUCAUGAGAUCUGACCAUCUCAGGCAGCACAAGAGAACUCACCUGCCCAAGUAAGACUUCCUGCAACCUCAAGCCAACUGUGGACAGACAGAUGGGACAGAUGGUCCUCUUGCUCCCGGUCCAGGAGCUUUAGCUCUCUUUCCUGUAGUCUCUAACCCAAGAUUCUGUUGCCCAAGACCAGAUCAUCUCUGGGGUAGGUGAAAGUUCAGAUGGAGACAGGAAGAUUAAGUGGUGGGGAGGCCCACAUGAAGCUCUGGACACCAUCUUGGAUUCCUCAAAAUCUGGUACCCCCACCCCCCAGAUGAGAAGGCAGGGCCAGAGAUAGGACUUGACUGCAAAGCUCUUACCUUCUGUCAACCCCAAGCAUGAAACUCUCUCGUGCCUGUUCCAUGAAGACCCAUGUUCUCUCCCUGGGUCUUCCACAGUUUCCAGGGCAGGACCAUGAGAAGGGUCUUUGAAUACUAGACUUUUUACAUCUUCGUGCUGGAAGAUACUGGACAUAAAGUGUGUACAGCAUCAGAUUCUCUGGCCUUCACUGUCUACAUGCCCAGAGUUUGUCUCUUCCCUCCACUCUUGCCUUGAAUGCCCGUUUCAAGACAUGGCAUCUGGCAUUUCAUGGGGCCACCAAAACCAAGCCUUGUGAGGAGACUAAUACGGAUGGGAGAUAGGAGAGAGGCAGGCAGCUAAUCUCCUCACCCCCAUGAAAGCACCGUAUUUCGAUGACAGCACAACCUGUGGGGAGACCUGCCAAAUAGAAGACAGGCCUGCAUCUUCAAGGUUGCCCAUUUUGGAACUGUUGCCUUGGGCUACUUCCCAUCCUUUCUUCUCCACUUGAUGUUCUCCUUCCUAUUCCUUGGCUUUGAAUGUCCCAAAUAAAAGCGUGUAGGCUGUU